GUUGAUUUGUGUAUGUAGUUCUGAACUUGUGAAUUUUGUGAGUGUCUAUUUGAAAUGGACCUUUUAGAACAACCAGACAUUAAAAAAACUUAUGAUAAAUGUAAAUAUAUAGUUAAAAUAUGGGAACAUCAAUUUCAGAAACAACAUAAAAGAUUACCUUCAAAGCUGGAUAUUAGAGAAGCGAGUAGUGAAGUAAGGCAUGCCUACCGAAAAUACUUUCAACUUAAAACUGCAGCCUUGGAGCAGAGUUUUAUGGAUGUUGAAGGAUUUGAGGAAGAAAAUACUAACACAGAAGAAAACCGUACGUUGCCAGGAGUCCUAAACGAAGUAAAUCAAAAUGAAAUUGAAAAUCCAGAGAUUUUGGAUGAACAUGUUUCAGUACCUGAUGAAGUUUGGGGGCCACAUCUUAAUAGUAAGCAAGAACAUAGUAAAGCCAAUACGAAGCCUGAAGAAACUAGUAAACCCAAUUUGAAUUUAAGCAUAAGCAAGAAAUUGUUUUGUGGCUCCAAAUUCACAAAACGCAAUCCUAGAAAGUCCCUAUCUUUUUCUCAAAAAACGAAAAGCGACAUAAAUAUAGACGGCCAAAUUUCUUUGUCACAACCGGUCCCUACAACUGAUUCUUACACGUUUAAAUCCGAAGAAAUAAUUUCACAGGAAGGGAACAUAUUUUCAAGCGAUAAAUUUAAAAUCGUAACACCAAUUAUAAAAACAUUAUCACAACCUGUAAAUAUUGUACAAAGUGUAAUACAAAAUAACUAUCAGCCCUCCUUGAAGACUGUAGAUGGUGGGUGGCUAGAAAGAGUAGUGAAAAGAACCGGAAAUACCAUCGAAAAUCCGGAUUUACUUUUACCACCACUACAAAUUUUAUCUAAAUCUGUAUUACCCCAAACGGUUCCUACAGGAGUUUCAUGUUUUGAGUCUACUAAGGUGGACUAUGAGAGUGACGACAUUAUAGAUGAUUCCGAUGAUGAAAACGCUCCUACCCAAGUAAGUUCCUUUCACAUUGGAAAAAAGAGAAGAAUAGAAGAUUUGAUCAAUAAAUCAAGUGAGAAUAAAGUGCCUAUUGCCCAGCAGACUGUAACUAUAGAAAACACAAAUUUUAAAGGAGUAGUUGAGGAAAAUGAUUCGCAAAAAAGUGAAAUACAGCAAUCUGAAAACGAUGAAAAUGUUGGGAAUGAGAAAAAAACAGAGGAAAGUGAAAAACUUGACGUUAAAACUUCACGAAAGAAAAGUGUAAAAAUUAAGUUUAACAAAGGACCACAAGCAAGGAGAAGAGCUAAAAAAACUAUUCUUACGAGUCAAGGCAGUCAAGAGGAGAUUUCUCCAAGGAGAUCUACAAGGAAAACGAAGGUCAAGGUUAGUAUGGAGGAAUUUUAUUGUGAGAUUGAGGAAGAGGAGGAGGAACAGGAUGCGUUUCACACCGACACUGACGAAAAAGACCCUGAAUUUACGUUACAAUCUGAAAAUUCCAAGUCUAAAACUACUUUUGGUCAACAAGAAUUUCUUGAAGAUGUUCCUGUCAAAGCAACAACUAAGAAAACAAAGUUACUGGGAACUUCAAAGGGCAAAAAACCUAAGAAUGUUAGAAAAUUCAGUAAAGUGGAAAGUGAAGACAAUGAGCCCAACGAAGGCAAACCGUACGAGCUUGAAUUCUCAAUCAAACCGCGAACGGUAGCACCGAGGUACAACAACAUAAAAAAAGUCUUAGCAGAGAAAAAAAUUGCCACUAAGACCGAUAAGUCUCGAACCGAAGAGAAAACUGUGGCGGACAAAGAUUUACGCGCAGUAAAAGAUAAAAGCGAGCAAGCCAAAGAAAAUCUGGAAAAGAAGAUGGCUUCCGGUAACAUAAACGACAAUUUCGUUCGCAUCAACCUGAAGAAGAAAGUUUUCGUUCGCGGCAAGAGCGGCAGAACGUUCAGCAAGUAUAAGAAGUCCAUGUGGAAGAGUAAGAAGGCGAAAGCUCUGGCGGGACCGGACAUGGACAUGGGUGGCUGCGACGGAGGGAUGCUUACGUGCUUUAGUUGCGGUCAGAUCGGCCAUUUCGCUAGGAACUGUCAAGCUAAGAAGGGCGACGGCUUAUUACCGUUGGCUCCCGAUGAAGAAGAGGAAUGUCCCUAUCCGACUUUGGAGGAGGCCUCCGAAAUGGCUAUGAAUAACAUUCUGAGCGUUAGAAUACCGAAAAUGGUUAUGCCGGGAAAGGAAAACACGGAUACGGAUCGGGAGGAUGAAGCGGUUAAAGAAACGGGCCAAGUUCAAGAUGACGGAGAGGAAUUUGACUUUGGGGAUGACUUGUCGGAUCAGUUGCUUGCUGAAACCUUAAGAUUGGAAGAACACAUAAAAAAGUUGGAUGUGAAAUUGUAUAUGGACUCUGUAAAAGUCAUAAGGCCCUAUUAUGAUUCGGAGGAAGGAGGCGGUAUGAUAGCGACACCGGCAGAGGUCUACCAAACCCUAAAAAAAUUCGGCCACGACUCCUUCCGUCCCGGCCAAGAACAGGCCGUCAUGAGGAUCCUCUCCGGAAGAUCCACCCUGGUCACUCUCAGUACGGGUUCGGGCAAAAGUUUGUGUUACCAGCUGCCCGCUUACAUGUACUCACAACGGGAACCCUGCAUAUCUUUAAUCGUGUCUCCUUUAGUGUCGCUGAUGGACGACCAAGUCGUUGGUAUGCCGAAAUUCAUGAAAGCGGCAUGCCUCCAUUCCAAUCAGACGAAGGCUCAGAGGCAGAAGAUUUUGGAAGCGAUCUCCCUCGGGGAGUUGAGCGUGCUCCUGGUUUCUCCGGAGGCUGUGGUAGCUGGGGAAAAACAGGCAGGAUUCGGAUCGCUUCUGCGCAAACUACCGCCGAUAGCAUUCGCUUGCAUCGACGAAGCUCACUGCGUAUCCCAGUGGUCGCACAACUUCCGGCCUAGCUACCUGAUGAUCUGCCGGGUACUGAGGGAAAGCUUAGGCGUCAAAACCAUCCUGGGCCUGACGGCUACUGCGACCAGGGCCACCAGAGAUAGCAUCAUUGAUCAUUUACAAAUACCGGACGGGCACGACGGCGUUAUAACGGAUCUCCCCCUACCCGACAAUCUCGUACUGACCGUCUCGAGGGACGCGACGCGGGAUCGUGCUCUUUUAGGAUUGUUGACGUCCGAACGUUUCGCCGACUGCAAGAGCAUCAUCGUUUACUGUACGAGACGGGACGAGUGUGAGAGGAUAGCGGCGUUUCUUAGAACUAGUCUUAAAAAUGAACGGGUUGUGGAAGAGAAUACUACCAAGAAACGGAAGAGGGUUAACAUGGAGGCGGAACCGUAUCACGCCGGCUUGUCGGCAAGUCGUAGGCGUACGAUUCAGAAUAGGUUUAUGUCGGGGGAACUUAGGAUAGUUGUCGCCACCGUAGCUUUCGGUAUGGGCAUCAACAAGUCCGAUAUCAGAGCCGUGAUACAUUUUAAUAUGCCUAAUAGUUUCGAGAGUUACGUGCAAGAGGUCGGAAGAGCUGGGCGAGACGGUUUGAAGGCGCAGUGCCACGUUUUCUUGGAUUCGCAGGGUCGAGACGGGAACGAGCUCCGCAGACACAUCCACGCCAACUCCAUCGAUCGCCAUGUCAUAAGAAAAUUCCUUCAGAAGAUCUUUGUCCCCUGCUCUUGCACGGGACGGUGUCCCAAACACGAGGUGGCCUUCCCCGUCGAGGAAACCGUCAGGGCGUUAGACAUACCCGAGGAGAACAUCGCCACCCUCUUGUGUUACUUGGAACUGCACGAGAACAAAUACGUAGAGGUGCUGAGUCCCGCAUACACGACGUGUAAAGUUAUAUCCUACGGCGGCCCGUUGCGUAUCAGGAAUGCGGCCAAAGAUUGUCCACCGCUGGCCAUGGCGUUGGCUUUGCACAAGAGCGAAGCCGGCAAGGAUCCCAACGUGUUGGAGUUUCCCGUCGUGGACGUGGCCGCCGCCAUGGGCUGGGAGAGCGGGAUAUGCAAGCACAAGCUGAAAAACUUGGAGUGGAUUACGGUGAACAAUCAGCCGAAACGAUCCACGAUAAGCGUUCAGUUUUCGAACUUGGGCUUUAGACUUUUAUCUCCGGGUAAUCUAUCCGACGAUCAGCUAGACGAAGCGCUCGACAGCCUAUACAACAGGGUUGCGGACCAAGAAAGGAAGGCACUUAUGCAACUCCACGUCGUCCACGAAACUUUAGUAGAAGUGGCACAGCCGUCGUAUCGCACCUGCAUAUCCGAGCCGGGCGAUAACCUGAUAAAGAGCAAAGUCAGGGAGUAUUUCAAUUCUCCCGAUCCGUUGCAGUACACGUGCGACACGAAGCCUAAGGAGUUCAACGAGGAACAGCUGGUUAGCGACAUACGAGCGUUGAUAUGCAUGUACAGGGAUAACAGUUUCACGGGACGGGCAGUGGCGAGGAUAUUUCACGGGAUACAGAGCCCCAAUUACCCCGCCGUUAUCUGGGGGAGGUGCAAGUUUUGGAGGAGCCACCUCGACGUGGAUUUCCAUACGGUGGUGAGGACCGCCACCCGGGAGAUUAUAAAAAUGAGGUAAUGUGAUUUUAAUUAAUUUUUUAGCUGUGGUAUUAAUCGUUUUUUAUUUUUAUUCAAUUGAUAUAUUUUUAUG